ACACAUCUGGAACUGCUGGAUGGCCUCGUGGUGAGACCUCUUAUACCCAGGGGGAGGAGUUAGAGGUGAAGACUGAGCAUGCGCGAAGCUCAUUUCGUGCUGGAAGUUAUCGGGUGAGGAGAUCGUGGCCGCGGCUCCUAGGUCUAGGCCCAGGCCUACCAGGGGAGGGUCGGACUCACCCCUGGAGUACCUGGACUGGGCAUUGUGUGUCCGGAGUCGUUCCUGGAUGGCUGGAACCUCAUGGGACAUCUGCGAGAAGCUCUGGAACUCCGCGGUCGCUGGCUGAGGCCUCCAGAGGCCCAGCGGCUCGGCGUUGUCAGUGGUCGAAUCCAGUCUGUGGGCGCUGGCUGUGGAUCGGGCCGGGAAGCCUGGUGGAGGUCAUGGAGCAGAUACACAUCUGGAACUGCUGGAUGGCCUCGUGGUGAGAUCUCUUAUACCCAGGGGGAGGAGUUAGAGGUCUCUCAAUAGACCAAUUGAAGAAUUUUGAGGAAAAGAGCAUGGGGAAGAAUGUGUCUUGAGCAUCAAUUAAUAAUGGUUUGGUUGGUUUUGCAAGCCAGGCACAGCAUAUUGAUUCAGGAAGACAAUGAUGCCAGCUCUAGGACUCUCCUCCCUUCGCUACGAAUAGGACAGCUUACCUUAGUAACGGCCAAAAUGUAUGGAUCAUUUGAAGGUUCUAGCACCCUUCCUACAAACACCAGUGCAGCAGCCCUCAACUCUGCUACAAAUGGGACUAAUAUAUUUUUCCAGGGUUUGCAGCUGGUGCAGCGACUCAAAUUGUUGAUCAUCCUGUUGUACACAGGUGUGGUCAUUAUUGGGAUGGUAGGUAACUGUCUCCUGGUCCAUGUUAUUCUGCAUGUCAAGAAGAUGCACAAUGUCACCAAUUUCCUCAUUGGGAAUCUAGCCCUUUCAGAUGUGGCGAUGUGCACCACAUGCGUCCCACUUACUCUUGCCUAUGUGUUUGAGCCACGGGGCUGGAUUUUUGGCAGCACAAUGUGCUAUUUUGUCUACUUCAUGCAGCCGGUGACUGUUUAUGUGUCUAUCUUCACCUUGGUCACCAUUGCAAUUGACCGGUACAUUGUCAUUAUACACCCUCUGCGACGCCGUGUCUCCCUUCAGCUUAGUGCUUAUAUGAUCCUAUUUAUCUGGAUUUUGUCCUGCUGCUUAGCAUUGCCAGCUAUGGCACAUACCUAUUAUGUGGAGCUGGAUAAGCAAGGCAUCAUCCUAUGUGAGGAGUUCUGGGGGCAGCAAGAGCACCAAAGACAAACCUAUGCUUUGUGCCUGCUGCUCAUUACUUAUUUUUUUCCUUUGCUGGCCAUCCUCAUUUCCUACAUCAAGAUCUCCCUCAAACUAAAAAACAGGGUGAUGCCAGGAAGUGUCACUAAAAACCAGGCAGACUGGGACAGAGCCAGGAGGAAGAGAACCUUCUGUUUGUUGGUCAUGGUAGUUGUGGUCUUUGGAGUUUGCUGGCUUCCCCUUCACGCCUUCAACUUUAUCCGAGACAUUAACAUCAAUGCAAUUGAUGCUUAUUAUUUCAGCCUUAUCCAACUGGUUUGCCAUUGGUUUGCUAUGAGUUCUGUCUGUUAUAAUCCCUUUAUAUAUGCCUGGCUUCACGAUAGCUUUAGGGAAGAGCUUAAAAAAUUACUUGUCUGGCCCAGGAGAGUAGUUCCCUCUGGGCAAAGUGCAACUGUAAGUGUGGUUAUCUGAUCAAUAAGUGCACCUGGUCUCAUGACAGACAAGAGUUUAAUGUUGAAUGUUAAUGUUGAAAACAGCAAUAUUUUUGUGUUGAAAAUAACAGCCAAACCCUGCUACAAAAAGCAAAGCAAAGCAAACAAAAGGAGGCUCUGUAAAACAAACACACAAACAAAAGGCAACCUGUCAAGCACAAAGAAUCAGGACUAUUCACGAAGGUUGCAGCACAAAUGAUUUAUUGAACCCUCUGCACAAGAAUCUGGUUAACUAAUGGUCAGCAAACAUUUAUAAAGAUUCUCAGUUGUCCAGGUCAUGGCUGCCCAAAGGUGCUUUUCAGAAGGCAAUUGGACUUUUUUAGUUUUCUUUUUUUUUAUCUCCCCGAAGAAGUUUCUUGGUUGAAAAACAAAACAUUUUCAAGAAAAAAAAAAAUGAAGAAAGUCCAAUUGCCUUUUGAAAAGUAUCUUUGGGAUAAUGGUCAGCCCUAUGUUUGUUUUAAAUAAAGGUCAGGGGGAUUCAAGGAAAAUUGGACUUGGAUCUCUUGUGAACUCUAAACUGAUGACAUGUUUCACUCUCCACCCCAGAUCUGUCUUGUUCUUUUCCAGCACAACCAAGAAAAUAUUCAUAUGCAAACCUGGCAGUGGGGAGCAAAUGAGAUUAAAAUGUAUUUUUAACAAAUUCAUUUUGGUAUCCGUGAAAGUCUCUGGCAGUAGAAUUUGUUCUUUCCUUGAUGUAUGAAAAUAUUUUGCUGCAUUACAAGAGUGGUUAAUGUUUUACUGAAAACAUUGCAGAUAUUAUUAUACAGCACAUUAUAUAAGUAGCACUGUGCACCUGUUAAAAUUGUAUUUCAUGGCACAUAUUAUAGCUCCUUCCUUUUCUAUAAGUCAUUGAAAUCUUUCCUGCUAAAUUUUUGUAAUAUUUAUAGUUGCUUGGAAACGCUGAAUUCAUCUCCCACUUCAUCAGAUCUAUACAUCAAGAAAUGCUAGUUAUGGAAGCUAUACAAACAUGGUUAACUGAAUAUUAAAAUGCAUUCAACUAAUGUAAAAUAUUAUGUGAGUGGUUCGGGAAUACAACAUUAAAACAUCUUCAAACUGUUAAGAAAGAUAAUACGUGUCAGCUCUGUGAAUUGUCACUAUUUAUUUUACAUAAUUUAUACUUUAAUAUAUUUGUCACAAUCCAUAAGUUUGGCAUUCUAUUUCUUUGAUGUUACAAUUUCAUUCCCCCGUCUAUAUCUAUGUGCAAAUACAUUUCCCCAAAUCAUGAGCAUGCUUCAGGGAUACGAUGAAGUAGAA